GUUUCUUUCGCGCCAAACAGUGAGCGCCCUCUAGCUUAACGGUUUUCUGCCUCAAAAUAAACAUCGCAUAUCAGCUGUGGCUGUGAACGGUGAUUUAAAGAUUUAGUUUUGAAUUUAUUUUAUACACCAUGCCACCUAAAAAAGCUAAAGGUUAUGCCUUUGCAGCACCUCUUCCCAAAAAUGAAGUUCUUACUGAUACCUUAAAACAAAAAUGGGUUCUUGGGCAAUCUAUUGGGAAAGGUGGCUUUGGUGAAAUAUAUUCCGCAGCUGCUGGAGAAACUCCACCCAAAAAGGACUCUGAUUUCUGCUACGUUGUUAAAAUUGAACCAAGGGAGAAUGGACCUCUAUUUGUGGAGAAAACAUUUUAUCUACGAGUUGGCAAAGCUAUUGAUGUUAACUCAUGGCGGGAGAAACAUAAACUGAAAACAUUUGGAAUGCCAAUCAUGCAUGGUAAUGGGUCCCAUGAAAGUGGUUCUAGCCAAUACAGAUUUCUUGUCAUGGAUCGUUAUUCAAAAGAUUUAUUAUCUGUUUGGGAUUCAUGUAACAAGACUUUCCCCCUUUCGACAGUUCUGCAAGUUUUGAUUCAAGUUCUUGAUGUUUUGGAAUACAUUCACAGUAAAGGUUAUGUGCAUGCAGACAUUAAACCAGCAAACCUCCUCAUGGGUAUGAAAAAAGGAACUGAAAAUCAAGUAUAUGUAGUUGAUUUUGGUCUUGCUGCCCGUUUCAAUGGCACUAAGGAUCCAAAGAAGGCACACAAUGGUACCAUUGAGUAUGUUAGUAGAGAUGCUCAUGCAGGAGGUCAAACUCGUAGGGGAGAUAUGGAAAUCCUUGCUUACAACAUGGUUCACUGGUUGUCAUCCAAAUUACCAUGGGAAGGCAUGAUUAAAGACUGUGUUGCUGUGCACAAAGCCAAGGAAGCAGCAAUGCAGAAUGUACCUCAGUUUUUAAAAACAUGUUUUGGGAAGAAACAAGUUCCUGAUGUAGUUUCAAAAUUUGUGAAGUAUGUUUCUGAAAUGGGAUUUGAAGAUGAACCUGAUUAUAGUAAAGUGAGGAAAAUGUUUUUAGAUGGAUUAAAGUCUGAGGGUGUUAAGUUUGAAUCUCCUUUGAGUUUCACCAAGCCACUGGAACAGCAAAAUGGUGACACUAAAAAAGUUCGCACAUCUCCUCGCAAGGUUACCAAGAGAGGGUCUACAAACACAAGAUCUGGAACCAGUAAUGAAUCAGAAGUGGAAAAUAGAGAUUCCUCUUGCAGUGAUAUUUUUGAGGAAUCAGAUGUUGAACAGGAAGAAACUACAGUUAAGAAGAGACGAGUUGCUUCAAAACCCAAACCCAAACCCAAAGAAAAAGUUAGUUGGAGGGACUGUCCUACUGCCAAGGCAUCUAGGGUAACAAGACCAGGUGAAUUCACUCCUGCAAAUCCUAAGCCAAAGAAAAAGAGCUAAGGAAAUUAGGAUGUAUUAAAGUAUCAUAGUGGAUAAUCAUGGUAGUUUUUAAAUUUGAGAAGAAAUCUUUAGCUCUUCUCAAGUGGACCAUCAUUCCAGAAGUCAAAUAAAUAAUUUUUUCAUAUAAAAUAUGUUAUAAUUCAAACAAGUUAUGUACCAAAUUAACAUAAAUCACAGAACAAAAUUAAAGCAAGAUUGGAACACAA